AUGGCCGAGGAGGACGCCCGGGCUUCCAGCACCCCUUUCUCCCUCUCCUUUUCAGGCAGUGGCUUCCUGGCCCUGUACCAGGUCGGGGUGGUUCAGUCCCUCCUGGAGCUGGCUCCUGAACUCCUCAAGUCAGCCUGCAAGGUCUACGGGUCGUCGGCCGGGUCGCUUAUCGCUGCGGCCGUGGUGUGCGGCAUCGGGCUGGAUGACCUGAAGGAAUUUUUCUUUGCCAUGGCAAAGGAAGUCAGGGAAACCCUCCUGGGCCCCCUCUCUCCCAAGUGCAGCUUGCUGGCCAAUAUCAAGACUGUCUUACAGCGGAUGCUCCCAGAGGACUCCUACCAGCUGGCUUCAGGGCGGCUGCACAUCUCCCUGACACGGGUGAUGGACGGCCAGAACGUCAUGGCCUCUGAGUUCAGCUCUAAAGAGGAGCUCAUUCAGGCUCUGCUCUGCAGCUGCUUUCUUCCCAUCUACUGUGGGUUCAUCCCUCCGUCCUACCGCGGUGUGCGCUAUGUUGAUGGAGGGUUCACAGGCCUGCAGCCCGUUUCCAGCCUGGAGGAGGCUGUGAUCACCGUGUCCCCGUUCACGGGAGAGCUGGACAUCUGCCCACGGGACUGCCCUGCCAUCUUCUACUGCUUCCAGAUCUUCAAUGGCAGCAUUCAGAUCUCCAUAGAGAACCUCUGCAGGAUUAGCUACGCUCUCUUUCCCCCCAGCACCAUGGUCCUGAAUGACAUCUUCUCCCAAGGGUACCAGGACACUGCCCUUUUCCUCUACAGGAACAAUGCCUUUGGCUUCAACUACUUCGAUGGCAACUUCCGCUUCCCCACCAUGUGUGGGAGGAACGACUUUGCCCAGUCCAACGGGACACGCUCCAACCUGUGCCAAAGCUUGUCCCAGAGCCCCACACACUGCUUCCUGCCAGGCCUGUAUCUGGGGAGGAAGGAGCAGGUGACUGGACUGCAGGAUCCGCUGUCAAAGGUCCUGUUGCAGCCGUACAGGCUGCCAGCUUUUCUCAGGAAGGGGGUGAAGAAGCUUUGGGGGCUGCUGGAAGGUGUCAGCUCCAUGGUAAAAGGGUUCCAGAAGCUCCUCCAAACCAUGGUGCCUCAUUUGCCCAAGAGAGCUGCUGCCAGGAGGUAA